GCCAUGAUGGAAACAUCCCUAUCAAUCCCGAUGCCCCCCGCGGUUGGAAGCACACUCCUCAAACGCAAGGUCUUUUGGGAAGUGUAGGCGAAGAUUUGACCAGCAUGGAGGAAGCCACACAGGGCACACAUGGCUGUGGAAAUACCUCAGAACCCGAAGACAGAUUAUCAGAUAACGAUUUUGGACCUUCAAGACUCGGAACCAAAGAAUACUGGGAAGAUGCAUACCAAAAAGAACUUGAGACAUUCAAAGACAUUGGGGAUGCUGGUGAGAUAUGGUUUGGUGAGGAAAGCAUGAGCCGUGUACUGCGAUGGAUGGACAAGGCUAAGAUCCCAGAAAAUGCUGCCAUUCUGGACAUUGGCACUGGAAAUGGAGCCUUUUUAGUUGAACUGGCUAAACACGGAUACAGGAAUCUGAUGGGUAUCGAUUAUUCCCCAGCGUCUGUAGAAUUGGCCAGAAAUGUUCUGCGGGCGGAGGACUUGACAGACGUCACCGUAAAGGAAAUGGAUUUCUUAAACUGUCGAGGAGAGCUAAAGGACUUUGAUGUCUGCAUCGACAAAGGAACAUUUGAUGCGAUAAGUCUAAACCCACACAACACCGAGGAGGGCAAAAAACUCUAUGUCCAAGCUUUAAAAGAUGCUCUUCAGGACAGAGGAUUCUUUGCUGUCACUUCCUGCAACUGGACAAAAGAGCAGCUGCUAGACAGAUUCAGAGAAGGAUUUGAAUUUGUACAGGAGUUGCCUACACCCAGUUUCCAAUUUGGAGGCAAGACAGGCAACAGUGUGACAGCACUCAUCUUCAAACGAGUACACUGAUUCAAAUGCUCCCGGAGGAUAUUUGUCUUUUUAUGUCCCAUCAAUUUUGUAGUUUUUUUUUUCUGUUUAUCACAGGAAAUCAUACUAUCUGUGUAUAUUAAGACAUAUUUAUACAAGAUCUGAUUAUGUAGGAUUUAAACUUUGUGUAGUGAAGCAGACACACAGUGCAAUUGAAUGGGACAGUUCAUUUGAGAUAAAAAAAAAAUGUGUUUUUUGUUUUUGUUCCAUCAUAUUUGCAUUUUCACAGAUCCACAGCGCUAACAUCUGUAAUGUUUGUAACACAUUUAUGCAGACAAUUAACAAGGUUAAUUGUUUCAUUCAAUAUCAGUUUUGUUUAUAUAAAUUAAAAAUGUUGCGGCGUGUUGGAAUGCA